GUACGCGCCUAUCACAUCCCGCAAAUGGUCAUACCUGGAUAGACCGUCGACGACAGGCUGGUUGGUGGCGAUCGUUAGGAAUCAACUGGUGUUGCCGAUAUUUGUUCCUCCCCUCCGGGAUUACGUACAGAUAAAUUAACCAUGGCCGACACUAACAACGCGGAGCAGGAGAAGGCAGAAGAAGUGCAAAAUGCCGAAGAACAAAAACAGGAGUCGACGCCUCCACCCAAAGAGAUGAAAGCGGUGGUUUUGACGGGUUUCGGAGGCCUGAAAUCUGUGAAGGUGAUGAAAAAGCCUGAACCCACGGCCAAAGAGGGAGAAGUACUCAUACGGGUCAAAUCUGGUGGUCUUAACUUCUUGGAUGUGAUGGUACGACAGGGUGUAUUGGACAAUCCUGUAAAAACACCUUUUAUCAUGGGAUUUGAAUGUGCUGGUGUCAUUGAAAGCUUAGGAGAGAAUGUUACAGACUUUCAGGUAGGAGACGAAGUAGCAGCUCUCAGUGAAUAUAAAGCCUGGGCAGAAUUAACGGCUGUUCCAGCAAAAUUUGUCUACAAACUUCCACCAGGAAUGAGUUUUCAGGAUGCAUCAGCUCUGUUAUUGAAUAAUGUAGUAGCUUACAUCCUACUAUUUGAAGUGGGUAAUCUACGUGAAGGAAAUACCAUUUUAAUGCAUUCUGCAGGUGGUGGUGUGGGUCAAGCUGUUGCUCAAAUGGCUAAAAUGAUUCCAAAUAUUACUUUGAUUGGAACUGCUUCUAAACAUAAACAUGAAGAUAUAAAAAGUUCAGUUACGCAUCUCAUUGAUCAUGGAGUAGAUUAUGUACAAGAAGUGAAAAAAUUAUCUCCAGAAGGUGUUGACUUAGUUUUAGAUUGCUUAUGUGGAGAAGAUGUUAAUAAAGGUUACAGUUUAUUGAAACCUCUUGGACGAUAUAUACUGUAUGGUUCUUCCAGCAUUGUUACUGGAGAGACAAAAAGUUUCUUUAGUAUAACUAAGUCUUGGUGGCAAGUGGAUAAAGUAAACCCAAUAAAACUGUUUGAUGAAAAUAAGUCAAUCUCAGGCUUCAACCUUAGACACCUGCUUUACCAACAAGGAGGUCAUGAAUACAUCAGAGGUAUUGUUGAAAAAGUGUUCAGGUUGUGGAAAGAAGGAAAGAUUAAAACUGUCAUUGAUUCUACCUGGGCAUUUGAAGAUGUUCCAGAAGCUAUGCAAAGGCUUCAUGACCGUAAAAAUGUGGGAAAGAUUACAUUGGAUCCAAACAUGGAACCAAAACCUAAACCUCAACCCACUAAAGGAAAAGAAAAAGAAGCCAAAGAUGGAAAAGCUACAAGUGUUCCUUCAGGAGAGAGUACUGAUACAGAGAAAGAAGCUAAGGAGGAAUCUUCUCCUCCUCCAAAUUCAAGUUAACAAGGGACUAAUUGGAAAUGAUAAUUGCCAUCUGUGAAACUGUGUUUUGAUGUAUGCUUCAGUAAAUCCCUUAAGAAAAGUGCCUACAAUAGGUACAAAUAUCCAAUGAAGAAUGUAUGUGAUUUUUCCUGUUAAAUGUUCCUGCUCUUGCUACUAUAAACUGCAUUUUGCAGAAUUCCUUGUAUUUUUAGUAAUGUGUCACUAUUUUUCUUCAGAUGUUUUUUGAAAUCAAAUGUGACACAAAAAUGUUUCAGAUGGGGAAGAUUUUUAUUAUCUAUUUUCAAAUCAUAAAAAGAAUCUUUAUAUAAAGUAUUCCCCUAAUAAUUUUUUGAUAUUACAAAUGAUUUGUAUUAUUUAUUUGAUAUUUUCUUUAUUUUUUCUUACUUUUGAUUACUGACAUUGGAAUUUUUCAGCAUAAUGCAGUGCUGAUAUUAUAUUCAGAAUAAUUACAUAUCACUGCUGAAAGGUGCUUCUUAAAAAUUGCAUUCCACCACGUUUGGGGUUCUUCGAUUCAGUUAAUGUAAAUAUUAGAUUUAGGUAUCAUCAUUAUCAUUUGUUAUAUUAAGCUUUGUUUGUUAAAAGUUUGUUCUGAAAACAAAUUGGAUAUGUAACAAAAUGGGAAAGGGGAUUUUGAUGCCAAUUUUUAAACAGACUGUGCUUCCGAGCCUGCAUAUGUCCUAACUAUAAAAUAUUACAGGUAACUCUUUACAGUAGCAGCUGUGUAAAGAAACUGUUAGUGCAUGAUAUUUGACUUUCCAAUGUGGUCUGGUUAAUCAUCCAGACAUGUCAACCAUCACUAUUGUAUAUGUUGUGCCUCACAAUUUUGUCUUGGCCGCCGUGCGUGCUAUGUACUUUUACUGCCUGUGAUCUUGUAAAUCUAAGUGAACAAUAAAAGAGCAGAAACUUAAA